CACUCCAACAUCGUGGACACCACUACUACUUAAUUUCCUGGGAGAGCGGAGAGCCCUCCCCGGCGGGCGGCGGCGGCGUCCCGGUACUACGGAAAUAAAGAGAAGGCCGCCGGCUAGCUAGCUUUGCUUGCACUUGCACAUUGUAUCAUCCUUGCUGGGGCCAGAGAGAGAUAGCAGGCGGCCGGGAUGGCGAGGCAGCAGUGGCGCCGGCACGCCGCCGUUGCCACGCUCGGCGUCGCGUGCGCGGCGGCGGCCGUCGUUGCCGUGGCAGCCGACGACGGCCCGACGAGGAACUCGACAGCCGCCGCCAUAUCACCAGGAGCCCCGGCACACCCCGGGAACGAUGGCAAGGCGUACCACCACGUUUGGCCGCCCAUGGAAUUUGGAUGGCGAGUUGUGGUGGGGUCACUGAUCGGGUUCUUCGGCGCGGCGUGUGGCAGCGUCGGCGGCGUCGGCGGUGGCGGCAUCUUCGUGCCCAUGCUCGCACUCAUCAUCGGCUUUGAUCCCAAGUCAUCUACCGCAAUAUCCAAGUGCAUGAUCAUGGGAGGGUCUGUUUCAACAGUCUACUACAACCUGAAGCUGAAGCACCCGAGUCUGGACAUGCCGCUGAUCGACUACGACCUCGCCCUGCUCAUGCAGCCUAUGCUCAUGCUUGGGGUCAGCAUUGGCGUCAUUUUCAAUGUUAUUUUUCCCAACUGGCUCAUCACGGCUCUCCUCAUAACCAUUUUCCUAGUCACAUCAACUAAGGCGUAUCUCAAGGGCUUCGAAACUUGGAAGAAAGAGACCAUAAAGAAAAGGGAGGACGCAAGAAGAAAGGAGCAGAUAUGUCAGGAACCAGAGCAUGCAAUCCCUAUAGGAUCAGACGCCCCAGCUGAUAAGGCAAAAACCCCGACAGAUGAAGCGACAUCAGUUCUGAAGAACAUUUAUUGGAAGGAGUUCGGUCUUCUUGCAUUCGUUUGGGUGGCAUUCCUUGGCCUUCAGGUCACAAAGAACUAUGUUGCUUCUUGCUCCGUUUGGUACUGGGUGUUGAAUUCUCUCCAGAUCCCUGUGGCAGUUGGAGUGACAGUGUAUGAAGCCUACGGGCUAAGAACAGGGAAAAGGGUGCUGUCAUCUAAGGGAAGCAGCCAGCAGCAGAGCACCCUAAGGAUUCGGCAGCUGCUGGUAUACUGCCUGUUCGGCAUCCUGGCAGGACUCAUCGGCGGCCUGCUAGGCAUGGGCGGCGGCUUCAUCAUGGGGCCACUCUUCCUGGAGCUCGGAAUUCCUCCCCAGGUGUCAAGUGCUACAGCCACAUUCACAAUGAUGUUCUCGUCGUCCAUGUCGGUCGUGGAGUACUACCUCCUGCACCGAUUCCCGGUGCCCUAUGCUGCUUACUUCACGGGCGUGGCAUUCGUGGCCGCCAUCACGGGGCAGCACUUCGUGAGGAAGCUGAUCGCUUGGCUGGGGCGGGCGUCCCUCAUCAUCUUCAUCUUGGCAUCCAUGAUCUUCGUCAGCGCCCUUACUCUCGGUGGGGUAGGCAUCUCAAACAUAGUUCACAGGAUGGAGCGGCAUGAGUACAUGGGCUUCGAAAGCCUUUGUAAGGUGUAGGGACCAAUGCAAUGCAAUGCAAGCUAAGCAGAGGAGAGGACGACAUAUAGGAGAAGUAGUGAAUGAUGAGUAUGAUUGAAGGAUAUAUGGGUCAAAAGAUCCCAACGAUUUUAGCACACCGUAGCCGAAGAUAGGAUCAUCAUGCAUGUAAACCAUAGCUUGACAUAGACUCAUCAGAUCAUAUAAUAUAAUGUGCAGAGUGUACUCCCUCUGGUCCAGUUA